AGUUCAACAGAGACUAUCAAUCGGAUCGGUUCGUUUGUCGAAUUUUGUUUCAGCCGCGCUCAACUGUUUGUCAACUUAUUCAACUCUCCCAGUUUGAUUGAAAUAGAUAACAAAAAUAGCGAGUGAUGAAAAAAGUGUGAGAAACGGAAGUUCUUGUUACGGAAACGAAAAAUUUACUUUUGCGAUAAAAGUUUUAUGGAUUUAUUGAUUGGUUUAUCAGAUUGUCUGAAUUCGGUUUCUGAAACACUUUUAAAUUGGUGUGCAUUUUACGCGUGCAUUUGGGUGCACCUUAUGUGUGGUUUGACCCAAGGUCAGUGUGCAAAGAGAACAAUUUUCCAAACGAAUUUUUGAACAUUUGUUAAAUAAGCCAAAUUUCCAAAUUGUUACGAAGUAAAUUCAAGAGAGGUUUUGAUUCGAUUGUUGUAUAAUUGUGUGUGUGAUAGCACGAACAAGGGAAAAAUAGCGAAAAUUACGAAAAUAAACGUCAGUAUUUGCUCGGCUAGAAAGACAAUUCCAUCCAUUGUCGUCCGUUUGGAUUACAAGCUCGACAAAACGCAUUGUCUCUACGAAUAGCCCGACAUCUGUUUUCAUCUACAGUGCGCCAGCACACACCGAACUACCAGAACAACAACAACAACAACAGUCAUUUCUUUUCCUACGCUACGGAGUUGUGAAAAACGUAAAUCCAUCAGGUUUCUUUUGCAUGUGUACACACAGACUUCGAGACAAUAACACUUAUAACCACUUGCCAUCUUCAGCGUUUGUAAUCUGGUAAAAAGUUACACGGCGCGGGUACAAAUGCUCAGGCAACCGUACGGAAAAUGAUAAACGGAUGAAUGAAUCAAAUAGACUCAAAGAAAACGGAAUAAAAAAAGAAGCGGCAGAAAGUCGACACAGAGAGAGUGAGACGAGAAUUGCAAAAGACAAAGAAAUCCGGUCGUGAUUAGUGAAGUCGACCUUACAUCAUUCGCUCUUCUUCACGCUCUUUCUCUCUCUCUGUGAGUGUGUGUAUUUGUGUUUGUGUCGCAGUUUUUCUUUGAAAUCCAUUUUGUUUGGAAUAAAUGCAUUUUCAUCUUGCUUCACCGCACGAUCCCUCUCCAUUGUGCUUUCGACAUCCUUUCCAAGAGCCUGCAGCUGUAGUGAUAAAGAAGAUGUUUUUCAUGCCAUCUCUCUUGUGAAAAGAAGGGAACGGGAGAGAGAGAAAAAAAAAUUUAAUUGAAGAAAAGAGAACAGCAAUGGGACAAAGUGAGUAAGAGACAAAAACAAAGUCAAACAAACGCAAUUCAAAAUCAAGCCGUAAACAAAACACUUGAAACCGAGAAAACAGCUAGGAAAACCGAAGCAGAACCUUUUCUAUCUCUACCACACACAUACACACACAAAAGACAAAUAAACAAUUCGCUAACGCGGAAAAGUGCUAAAGUUAUAGUGUGACAAAACGGUAACGAGAGAUAUACACACACACAGUAAGCAUCGGCGACUAAGGUUAUUUCUCUCUUCUAAACCGCGGUGUGUACUAUAUCACACCGAACGAAUCGAAUUCGACGAGAAAGAAGAAAAAAAAUAGUGAAAAGCGAAAAAGGAAAAAUAAAAACAAUAAAACAAAAGAAAAAAUGGCUUUCCAACGAUUUAAAGAAGUAUUUUCAGUUGCACUGAUACUGGGUUGUAUAAACACUGCAGGUGUUAAUAGCGUGGAAUUAAAUUCAACUAAUUUUGCAUCGACUACAGAAGUCACAACAAAGGUGGAUGUCGUCGAGGCGGUGCACACAGACACAAAGAGCACGGAAUCGUUGGCAUCAAAACUUUCGCUAAGCGAAACAUCGGAGACAAAGACCAACCUGACGGAGGCGAGAAUCACAAGCAUUACAUUUCGUAGUGAAGAAGCUGACGUCGAUAAAGAGAACAAUGAUGAAACUAUAAGUUUUGGCAUUCGCUCGUUUACGGUUGAAAUUGCAACACCAGCCACGGAAAAGCCCAUACCAUUGAAUGAAAAAGUCGGUGCCGCGAGUAAAAUCAAUGUUCAACAAGCAGUGGCGUCUUCGUUGCCAAUUUUAACAUUGGAAAGUGAUCCGGAUCGAAACGAUAAAGUUUCAAAUGAACGGACAAAAGUUUUUGCGGCACCAUUGCCAGCAGUAGCAGACACACUGACGCCAAAAUCAACGGAACAUGCUGAAAACAAACAAGAGAACGUUGCGUCAACCGUUGCCACCCGAAUCGAUGCAAACGAAAAAAGUUCAGCAAACGUUCCCAGAAGCAAUGCCGUCGACGACAACGACGAUGCCAUACCCGGUGCACAUUUGCAAUGGACAACAACAAUGGCUCCGGUAAAAUUGACACAAAACGGCGAGCAGUCAUCCGUUAGAAAUAAUAACGAACACAAGCAAUUGUCAAUUAGCUCAAAUGGCAUGCACGUCGAACAAAAAUUGGAGAACGGUUUGUACCGAAUCAAAAUCGCUGAAAUCAUCACCGACGAAUUCAACAAUGGCCAAGCAAAUACGGAUGCAAAACGAGUGUUUGACGAGAAACAAAAACUCAAUGAAAAAGACGACGAUGCCGUGCAUUUGCCAUCAUUUGCAUCGUCACAUCCAAGUGGACAAAUUAACAUCGCUGACUUGUAUCCAUCGAAAUUGGAAGAUUUCAGCUCAAUUAUUCGUGAAUCGAAUGAAAAACUAAUUGAGGAAAAAAAUCGCUUCGUUGGCAUCGAAAAAAGUGGCGGCGGCGAUCAGCCGAUAAUUUCAGACGCUCGAUUCAAUAUAAUCGACGAUGGAAAUGAGCAGGAAAAUUCAAUCCAAUUCGGAAACGAAGGUGAUGCAAAUGUCGACCACCAAAAGCAAGAGCAGCAGCAGCAGCAGCACACCAAAGUCAAUGGAGCAUUUAAUUCAAUCGAAAACAACAUUCCAACAACAAAAAUCGAAAUUGAACUAAUUGAUGAGCCGGGCAUGAGCGCAUCAAAGGACGAUGUAAAAAUCAUUGGCCCAGGCGAUGAUGACGAUUACGUGGGCCCAGUUGAGCGUGCAAAUGGCCCGAAUAACGACAAAGUCACCGAUUUUACAUCGGAAUUACAAUUGAAGGACGAUAUGGUCAGUAAAAUCGAGCAAAGCUUUCGGGAAUCAAGUAUGACAAACAUACAACAGCCGCUGCCGUUGCCGCAGCAACAGCAGCAGCAGCAGCAACAACCUAUUACAAUUAACCAUCCGAUAAACCCGAUGGGAUAUAUUGAGCGCAGGGUGAAAAAGUUCGAUCCGACAUUUCGAAAACGGUUCAUGCCGUAUGACGGAAACAAGAACAGAGCGAGCAGCCUACCAGAGCCGGCAAUCACAAAAUCCAUCGACGAAAACAUUAUCUCACAAUCGGACGAAGAACGGAAAUUGGAUGCUGACAUUCCAAAUGCCAAGUUUUAUCACGGCAAAGACGGAACAAGCAGCGAAACAACGGUAAAUCCAAAUAAAAGCAUUGCAAACAAGCAAACCAACAAUAAUGCAAACUCAUCAAAAAGUCAAACGGCUGGUAAAAAUAAUAAAGCUGAUGACCUCAUUGAGCACGAGUCGAACGGAGGUGCAGAGAGCAGUUCUGGUGCUCAUGGAAGCGAUACAGCGAAAAAAGAAAAUCAAAUUUUAUCGACACUAGAGCCAAUGAAUCCAGCCGAACGGAAAAUUCUCUUCAUUAAUGUUAACAGUGGCAGCAAUGGUACAAUCGAUAAAACUGAAUUGGAGCGAAUGCAGAGAGACCGUGAGCAAAUCAUCAAAGAGAGUCACCUCAAUACAAACACAAGUGCAGAUAAAAUGAAUGGCACGGAUGCUGCUACAGCCAAACCAUCAACAAACAUGCACUUGUACAUUAUUCACGAUGAUCCGAUCAGUCAAAAACCAUCCGAAUCCAUUAAAACUAAUUACACGGAUGCCAACCAACAGUCACCAACAGUAACACCAACACCAAGCCCGAUUGCAUCAUCGACUACUACUACAUUGCCGGUGGAAGUACAUCCAUCCGAUGUGGUGGUCAAACAAAAUCAGACCACAUCAAAAGAACCAUCUGCUGCUACUCCGGCUUUGAUUGAUACAAUUAGCUCAACUGAGAGCAAUCCAGACAAACAUUCGUCAUCACUAAAUUCGAUAAAGUCGAUUACACAAAGUCCAGUUGAAACAGAAACAGCAGCAGCAGCCACUUCUACUGCAACAGUUGCGCCUCUAUCAACUUCAACUAUGCAAACUAAAUCACGUGCCAUGAACUUUGGCCUCAAACAGAAGCCAUUCGGUCGGCGUGGCUUUGAAGGCUUCUACUUUGAAACUGAAUGUGACAUGCAAACACCACUACCAUCGGAAUCAACCGUUUGGCGUGGCAACGAAACACAUGAACUCAAUCUACCCACUACGACACCCGAAAAUUGUUCAGGCGGAGGCGACUGUAUGCCGAUGAUUAUAUCAUGGGAAGGAGCAGCUGAAAUUCAAUCCGGAGACGUACUUAUCGUUGAAAUUGACGAUACACUAUUAUUGCCAGCCGAUAUGAAUCCCAGCCAAGCCAACAACAACAUUGAUAACGGACACCGAAUUGCAACAGCUGUGUACCAAGUUACUCGUCCUGGUCAUGAACAUUGUGACGCAACCGAGGGAAUUUUACUGGAUAUUACUCCAUUGGUGGUCGAUGGCAAAAAACUCGUUACACUCUAUGACAAAGAUCUAACCGAAGGUGUCAAUUUGUUGAUCGUGGUGUCGGAUUUAUGGGGUCCACAGUGUGUCCGAUUAAAGGUAACGGUGAAGUCGGAUAAUUGCGGUGAGAAUGCACAGUGCAAUGCAAAAGGCGUAUGCUUCUCGAAUGCAUCAAUGGAGGGAUAUGAAUGUCAAUGCUGUACCGGUUUCGCUGGAUCACACUGCGAAGAAAUUGACGCUUGUUCACCCAGUCCAUGUACCAACAACGGCAUUUGCGUUGAUUUAUCUCAAGGACACGAUGGAAAUUCGUAUCAGUGCUUAUGCCCUUAUGGUUACACGGGCAAAAAUUGUCAGUUCGAGUCGGAUCCAUGUCAGAAUGGUGAAUGUCAAAAUGGAGGCACAUGCACUGGAAAUGCAACGCAUUUCAGAUGCGAAUGCACACCCGGAUUUACCGGUCCGUUGUGUCAACAUAAUUUGAACGAAUGUGAAUCGUCGCCGUGUGUGCAUGGCAUAUGUGUGGACCAAGAGGAUGGAUUCCGUUGUUUUUGUCAACCAGGUUUUUCGGGCGAGUAUUGCAACUACGAGUACAAUGAAUGCGAUUCGAAUCCGUGUUUGAACGAUGGCCAAUGUACCGACCAUAUUGGUGGAUUUUCAUGCAAAUGUACGCGCGGCUACACAGGAAAACGAUGCCACAUUAAAGUUGAUUUUUGUGCAAAUAAUCCAUGCCCUGAGGGCCAUCAGUGCAAUGAUCAUGGCAACGACUUUUCGUGCGAAUGCCCCGAAGGAAGAAGCGGUCUUGAUUGCAGCCAAAUUCCACGAACGAAAUGCAACAUCAACCCUUGUGCUAACGGUGGCAGCUGCUGGACCAGCGAAGAAUCAUUCUAUUGUGCAUGUCGUGCAGGUUUCACGGGAAAAAUGUGCGAAGAUGAAUUUAUUCUAGAUGGUGUGGUGAAUACCAACGAUGUACUAUCUGAUGCGGAUUCAGCAACGACCCACGCACGACCUUUUGCCGACUCAAGCUUCAGUGCAGUUAUCUCGAAGGGAAACACGGUUGGAUUGCACAAUGCAUACAUUGCAGUUGGAACUUUUGCUACAGCCAUUUUCAUUGUUGCCAUCGUGGUAAUCGUGUGCCAUUGCAAAUUCCACAAAUCGUACCGACGAUUCACAACGCGACAGCAUCAAUUGAUUCCGAUUUUCGGAUUUGGUCGUCGGGCAAAGCAGCAGCUGAAUAAUCCACGUCAUUGGCUCAGUGGAAAGGGGCAUUUAUCAUCAUCGAAUAAAAUAGCCAGCACAACAGCUUUAAACCAACCAAAUGGUUCGAAUGGCAACAACGCUGGUGGUGGUACAAAUAGUGCGCUCAAUUAUCAUCCGCCACCAUUGAGUCAGCAAGUACCGCGUUUUCAGCGACAUUUAGCCAUGAACCUCGAAAAUGACAUGUAUUACACAGUUGACUUCAGUGAUUCACAGCAUUCGCCGCUAAUUCACUAGAAAAACCAAACCACGCGGUAAAUUUAUUUAGUUUUUUGUUGUUGUUCAUUUUAAAUGCAGGAAACAACCGAAUGCGCGACCGCAAAUUAAAAUAUUUUGAUUAUAUUUACACAAAAAUGAUCGUUUAUUUAGUGGUUUAAAUAUGAAAUAUUUAAUGCUCUCUCUCUCUCCCUUCUCAUUUGCAAAAUAAAAUUAUUUUUUAAUUCACUCUCGAUGAACCCUGACCCGGACGUGAAAAAAAAUGAAACAAAAGCCAAAAAUACAAUCACAAAACAUAAUAUACAUACAAACAUUUCUAUAAAUCACAAACCACAUUAAGAACUAAUUAAUUUAGGUAAUACUAAUUAACCUAAAAAUGGUUCUUUUUUUCACUCACACAACAACACACCCAUACACACACCAAAUAACAUUACACACAUUACAUGUUUAAUAUUCGUGAAAUCUAUUCGAAUUUACAUGAAUUUAUUCAUUAUUAUUAUGAGGAUAUAGAUAAAAAAAAUGAACGCCAAAUUCGGUUUUUCUCUAUACAGUUCUGAAUCCAAUCACAUAAAAAUGGCCUGAGCUUUUUAUUCCAAUAUAUCGGAAUUGGACCGGAACUUCCGGUCAAUAGUUUUGAUUUUUCGACCGCAUUCAAAAAUAUUGAAAUGAAAUUCUCGCCAAUUUUUGUGUGAAUAAUCACCGCCUAUACUAAACUAAACAUAAAAAUGAAUAGAAAUCCCUUUCGUUGUUUUCCGCUUCUGUUCAAUUCGGAUAAAUGUAGUCUAAAUGAGGAAAAAAAGAACACAGUUUUUAUUAAAAAAAAGUAUUUUAUAUGAGAAUUGAAUGGAUUUAAGAAUAUGUAAUUUAAUAUUUAUUUACGAAAAAAAACAUACAAUUCGAGUAAGUCAAACAAUGAAAUAAAUAAACAGCAAAAUAAUAUGAUAUGAGAGUGUAAUAGAUGCGAAGUCAAAUUUCCAGCAUGAAAAAAAAAUUGAAACAAAUAAGUGGAAUAAAGAGUAUUUGCUUUUUGUGAUUUAAUUCCAUCUGUUCAAAUAGUAGCGUAAGAGCAUAGUCUUAAGAUGUGCAACAGAAAACACACACACACAGACAGACAGACAGACAGACAGACAGACAAAAUGUUAGUGUAAUUCAAUCAAAAAACCAAACAACCUAAUUUAUCGAAAAAAAAUAAUUUUCAUAUUAGGAAAGCUAAUCACCAUCAACGUUUUCAUGUUUAUAGCUCAUAGAAAUCGGAUUCCUUGUUUUGUGUUUUCUUUUUUCGGGGGUGCUUCAACAUAUUUGUUGAAAAAGAGUAUAGUCUUGAAAUCAAACGGCAACAUUGCGCGCAUGUGAGAUCAAUUCGCAUGGGAUAUUUCCUCUUUUUUCUUGCAAUCGUUACGUGAGAGAUGCUUACAUUGCGUCAGAGAUGCUCGGCAAGCUUUUGAUAAAGUUUUUUUUGGUGUCAAUCUCACCAUUUCUUCAGCCCGGGAGCAAUUUUGCCAACGGCCAAAAUACUCAUCACCUUACCAAUUAGAGAGCAGGUUUCUGUUUUUGGAAAGUACAGAUCUGUAUUUCAAAAUUAAAGAUUCUCAAAUGUUUUACCCUUAAAUUGAAGCUCUUGAUGACUUGAUUACAAUGGUAAAUACCGGCUUUGGUUAUUUUCAUCUUUUGCCCUCUCGGCAUUUUAUCAAAUUGUUGUAUGUUGUAUUCAACCGAAUUGAAAGACUAGAAUUAUUUGAAAAUUGACCUAUUCACAGGUAUUUCAUCCACAUAUACACAGACAAUGGGCACAUACACGUCAAUUUAAAUGACGUAGAAGUAUAAUUAGAACGGUGUGUUCACUGUUCAGUCAAACUAUUCGAGUAUAGACACAAACACAAAAACACAGAAUACCAUUUCAUUUGUAACCGAAACUGAGAGCAUCAAUGGCAGAUAAUAUCUGCUGACAUCUAUGGUAGAAAUUUUCGUAGAAAAUCGCUUGGUAUGAUGAUAAUAACCGAUGUGCCGUGUGUGUAAGUUGUUAUGCAAAACAUUCAUCAAUUUACAUUGUACGAACAUUAUUAUGCAAUUAGACAUUUGAUUUAAUGCACAUUGUUGGUUAUAUUGUGACUUUUCACGUUACGAAAUGCAGCUGUUCAGUUCAGUGUCUGUCUAUCUCAUUCUCUCUCUCUUUCUCUGUCUGGCGCUAAAACUGGUUGCACCAAUUACAAAUGUAAUAACUUUGAGUGUGUAGCUUUUUGUUCGGCCAGUCGAGAAUGACAAGUUGGAUUGCGGUUUGUGUUAUGAAUGAACAAAACCGAUGCAACGGCAGCAGCAAAACGAAUGGAUUUGAAUGUUAAUAUCGACAUCAAUUUUGUUGUAUUCCAAAACGUUUAGUUUCGAACGGUAACACCGAAAAAGCUCUCUGUCGAUUUCUCAUUUGCACACGAUGUGAUUUUACUCGAGCAUACCGACGAAUCAUAAUUUAAAUGCAAUUGCCCUGAAUUUUCCGACUGGCAAUGGUAAAACGAUAUGAACAUGUACGCGCACGGCUAAAUUUUAACCAGUUUAAAUACCCGCCAGCCAACCCAGUACACAUCAACAGUUUUCCCACAAUUAUUUUUGUGAUUAUAGUUCUGUUUAUUGUUAUUGUUGUUGUAAGUCAAUACACACUAAAAACAAACGUAGUCUAAUUGUAAUUUAAAUGCAAAAAAAAAUAUAAAAUAUCAAUGCAAAUUAAUGCACACCGAUGCUUGAAAAUGGGCAACAAAGCAACACACAAAUGCGCGCGCUAACCAACAAAAAUAAGGCAGAAUAAAAUUUUCAAGCAGUCGAUGUGCACAGCUGCUCGCUCUUAUCAAACAAGCUCCGCCACUCUUUCUAAAUGGGAUACACGUAAUUUUUUGUUUGAAUAAAAUUGUGCAAACACAUGUUGUCUCUUUUGUGCAAUGUUAUUCUAUUUGAGGAGGAAAAAAAAAAAGAAAAACGAUAGAGAAAGAAAAAAAAACUAACAUUCAUUCAUUCGAAAACGUAUUUUGUGCUUAAAAUUAUUGUUAGGAUUUUAGACAUGUGAGUCUACAGUCUACACACACAGAAUGGAAUUUGUAAUAAACUGGCCUUUUCGGUGUACUGAACAUACAUGCAGGCCAAUUUCUCGUUGAAUCUAGAUGCAUUAAUUUGUGUUUCUGUUUCUAACUUUGAAAAUGAUUUGGAUCCCAAGUUCAACGACAGAAUCCAUUAGCAGUGGUGCAGUAACGCACACACACAAUGGGUUGUGUGUUUUGUUUUAAUUUCGUUGUGGAUGAAAUAGAAAACAAAACAAUGGAAAUAAUAUUACGUAAGUCAAAAACAUUGGAAAACCCACAUGACAUAAAUGGAUAACAAGAAAAAUAAUAAUAAUUUAAUCACUAGACAUGAAUGAAAUAAUAAUGAAAAAGACAAGGUGCAAAGAUAAUUUUGAAUAAAUCGAUACAAAUUUAUCUUAUUGAAUAAAAAGAUGAACAUUUAA